AUGUUGCCCAGACUGUCCUGCUAUUAUGAAGCUCAGACUGGCCUCAGAGAUGAAUGCAAUCUUUUCCUCAGUUGCACAAAACGUUUACUGAAAAUCUGGUUUGGAUUUGCCCGCUGGCCAAUUGGGAAGGCUCUUAAAAAGGUGCCGGGCAGGUUGGAUGAGAGGAUGCCAGAGGAGAAGGAUUCUGUCUGCGCCGGGCACUGUGUCGGACAGCGUGAAGAGGAGGCUGAUUUGAAGGCCCUAGAGCAGGCUGCUCAGUCUAGAGAAGAGAGUGUGGAGUCCAAAACUGAGAGAAAAGAUACCUUAAAAAAGAACUUUGAACCCAGAGCACCUUAUGCAAGUGAUUUACCACUGAGUUCCUCAACCCGACACUUCAAUCAAUUCAUGAACAAUGUGCAACAAGCUUGCCUUGAACAGGACAGGUUAGGUCAGGCCUUUGAAGACGCCUUUGAAGUGCUGACACAGCAUUCUGUGGGAGAACUUCAGUAUUCCCCAGAACAUAAAAAUUACAUGGCCUUCAUUAACCAUUAUCCUCACAUCAGAGGCAACCCCAGCUACUGUGGGAUGGUCCCCACAGAGGAACCCCUGUACGACUGCAGAAGCGUCACUAAUGGCUCUGUGGACUGGUAUUUGGAAGGAAGUUUUCAUCAGCCCCUGCAGAACAUAACUGAAAGCCAACUGGUACAAGCCUCCCUCUUCCAGCAAAAGGGGGGAAAAGUCAGGAGGAAGCUUCGGCUGUUUGAAUACCUUUUCGAAUCCCUGUGCAAUUCGGAGAUGGUGUCUUGUAUUCAGUGGGUCGACAAAACCAGGGGCGUCUUUCAGUUUAUAUCAAAAAACAAAGAAAAGCUUGCUGAGCUUUGGGGGAAGAGAAAAGGCAACCGGAAACCCAUGACUUACCAGAAGAUGGCCAGAGCCCUGAGGAAUUAUGCCAGAACUGGCGAGAUCACGAAGAUCCGGAGAAAGCUGACCUACCAGUUCAGCGAGGCUGUUCUCCGUAGACUGGCUCCGCCUCACUUCCUGGGGAAAGACCUCUUCUACUCACAGUAUGGCCAGCCUGAUCAGGAAUAUCUCAGCCUAAACCACUGGAAUGCAAACUACUAUGCUCACGCCAAUUACCAGAGCUGAUCCAUCCCAGCUUCUAACUGUACCCACUCAGCCCUCGCCUUGCUAGCACCAGAAAACUCAGGCUUCAGAAUUUUUCCAAAAUAUGUAACUUGUUCUUCA